CACGCAGGGAGCCACGCGUCACCCCUCCUUCACACCCAGCACCAAUCGAGACGCUGUCCCUCCGACGUUUCUUCCUCGCGGCCGUUUUCAUGGUUGCUUGAAAUGGUCGAUGGUCUGUCUCUUGAUGAACGGCAGCAGCCACUCGCCCACCGCCAUCAACGGGGCCCCGUCCACCCCCAAUGGGUUCAGCAACGGGCCGGCCACCUCCUCCAGCGCCUCGCUGUCCACCCACCAGCUCCCACCGGCCUGUGGAGCCCGGCAGCUCAGCAAACUCAAGCGGUUCCUCACCACCCUGCAGCAGUUCGGCAACGACAUCUCGCCUGAGAUUGGGGAGCGGGUGCGCACCCUCGUCCUGGGGCUCGUGAACUCCACGCUGACCAUUGAGGAGUUCCAUGCCAAGCUGCAGGAGGCCACCAACUUCCCACUGCGGCCCUUUGUCAUCCCCUUCCUGAAGGCCAAUCUGCCCCUGCUGCAGCGUGAGCUGCUGCACUGUGCCCGCAUGGCCAAGCAGAGCCCGGCGCAGUACCUGGCACAGCACGAGCAGCUGCUGCUGGAUGCCAACGCCUCCUCACCCAUCGACUCCUCUGAGCUGCUCCUGGAGGUCAGCGAGAGUGGCAAGAGGAGGACACCAGACAGGACCAAAGAGAACGGUUUGGACCGCGACCCCCUGCACCCCGAGCACCUCAGCAAGCGGCCGUGCACCAUGAGCCCGGCGCAGCGCUACAGCCCCAGCAACGGGCUGAGCCACCCCCCCAACGGGCUGCCCCAC